AUGAAGCGGCCGAUCUUUGGUGUAGAUCGGACUGGCAACCUGAAGCGCCAAGCUCUAAAGGAUUCGCAUGAUGACAUGGCUUCCCAAAGCACCUCAGCGCCCUCAUCCUCAUCCCUAUCUCAGUUCUCUCAAGACGAGGUGCUCUCCCAGAACACUGCACUGCCAAUCAAAGACGAAAUGAGCUGGAGUCUGCGGGAGCUUGCAGAUGCUGACGUAGAGCAGGAGAAGCUCGAAGAAUCCGAAGAAGCGACUGCAAUCAAUAAUUGGGCCGGUUGGGAGGCUGACGUCAAGCAGGAGAAGCUCGAAUCCGAAGAAUGGACUGCAAGCAAUAAUCCGGCAGAUUGGGAGGCUGAUCUAAAGCGGGAGAAGUUCGAAGAAUCCGAAGAAGCGACCGCAAGCAAUAGUUGGGCCGAUUGGGAGGCUGACAUAAAGCAGGAGAAGUUCGAGGUAAAGGAAGAACCUCAGAAUGGUGAAAGCGAGGCGAUCGUUAAAGACGACGCGCAGCUGUCACCUGGAGGGCAGCCACAGAUCCGGAAGAAGGAUCUUACUGCCGCCGAUAUUGUCGAGCUCUUAAGGAGUGGGCACUUUGCAAAGCUGGCUCGGAAUCUGGAGAACGAAAUCGGCAUCGAGGAUUGCCAGUGGGAGAGGACGUCCGCGCGCAAGUGCGCUAACGAUCUCAUGGUACGGUAUAACGUGAACGACAACCCCAAGGACUUGUACCACUUCAAGCACACGGCAUGUGCGGAAGGCAUCACUGCUGUGUUGGUUGCGAGCGGCUUUAAUGACAGAGAAUUCCGAGGCUUCGCCAGGCAUGGGUCGUCAGUAGGAAACACAACCGCCCUUGCAAAAAGGACGCCUGCCCCAUUGCUUGACAGACGAGCUGCCGAGCAAGCAGCUUGUGAAAUGUUCAAAAGGGAUGGUGAAGUGGAUGAGGUAAGGCGAAGGCUUCCACCGCCAAUUGACAGGAUUCGCAAGUUCUUCAGUAUUGACAAACAUCAGAAAGAUGGGCUGGCGGCGAUGGGCUUUCAUCCGAAAGCUGUCCAAUCGGAUAUUACGAAAGCUAUCUACAGUGGCUUCAGGGACCUAGGCUGCCGCACAGCCCUGUGGGACAUGUCAGCCUGA